GGACAGAGUUCCAAGCCGUCAUCUAGCCGAUGUCGUUGCGGCCUUAGUAAAAGCCACAUUGCCCGAGAGGUUGCAGGUGCUGGAUGCCGUAGAUCUCGCAACAAGAAUCAGGGUGACCCUACCGCUCCUGCUAAGGCACAUUCAGAGACUGAAGGAUGUCCGUGAAGCAGCGGGAGAUGAGACAAACGACAAGGAGAACCAGAUCGUCAAAAUUAGCAGGGGGGGGAGGAACCUGUCGCCGGAUCCAGAACUCGACGAUGAUGGAGAAGAUGGCAUUGCGGAGUUUGAGACAAAGAUCAAGGAAGCGAACAUGCCUGACGAAGCAAGGAAGGCAGCACUGAAGGAGCUGGGUCGCUUGAAACGCAUGGCUCCCCACAUGCCAGAGUAUUCUAUGACGAGGAACUACCUGGAGCUCAUGGUAGACCUGCCUUGGUCUGCCAUGGUCAAAGAGACCUGCAAUAUCAGCAAAGCGCGGGCUGACAUGGAUGCCGAUCAUUAUGGGAUGGAGAAGGUUAAACGCAGAGUGUUAGAAUACCUUGCUGUCAGACAGCUCCGUGGUGACCUUAAAGGACCCAUCUUGUGCUUUGUUGGGCCACCAGGAGUUGGGAAGACGAGCAUAGCCAAAUCUAUAGCAACAACACUUGGACGCCCUUAUCAGAGGAUAUCGCUAGGUGGAAUAAGCGAUCAGCAUGACAUUCGUGGGCACAGAAGAACCUACAUCGGAGCCAUGCCAGGGAGAGUAAUUCAGGCUCUCAGAAAUGUUAAGGCAAAGAAUCCUGUGCUGCUUCUUGACGAGGUAGACAAGCUAGGUACAGGCAUCCAUGGAGACCCAGGAGCUGCUCUCUUAGAGGUCCUGGAUCCUGAGCAGAAUUUCGCAUUCACAGACACUUACCUCGGCCUACCAUUUGAUCUUUCGCAGGUGCUGUUUGUUGCCACUGCUAACACGCUGUCAUCAAUUCCAACGCCUCUGAUGGACAGAAUGGAGGUGAUUCACGUCCCAGGAUAUACUCAGGAGGAGAAGAUUAUGAUUGGUCAACUGCACUUGUUACCCAAGCAGUUACGAGAGCAUGGUCUCACACCUGACAUUAUGCAUGUGCCACCAGAAUCAAUUGCAAUAGUCAUUGGAGAAUACACACGGGAAGCAGGUGUCAGAACACUGGAGAGGAAAAUAGGAGCACUUUGCAGGGCCGUUGCUGUCCAGGUUGCUGAGGCUAGACCAGAGGACCAAGCCAUCGGUGACGAAGGAGUUAAGGCAGACAUGGUGGUAGCAGAAGCUGAGGAAAAGGGAGAUGGAACACAGCAGGGGGAACCGCAUAAAGAAGGAGGUCCCACAGCUGGAGAGCACUCGUACCACCAGUCGCCACUUAUUAACCUGACCCAUUUGAAGGAGUACCUGGACCUCCCUGUACAAGUGGAUGCAAAGAUGAUCCAUGAUGUCCUAGGGCCCCCCAUAUUUCAAAGUGGGCUGUCGGGAAGGGUGAGCGUGCCUGGAGUGGCAGUGGGCUUGGCAUGGACCCCUGUGGGAGGUGAGGUCAUGGUUGUUGAGGCAUCGCACACAGGGGGAGAUGGUGGACUCACCCUCACUGGUCAGCUGGGCUCUGUCAUGCAGGAGUCAGCCAAGAUUGCCUUGUCAUGGGUCAGGCAGCAUUCCUUUUUGAUUGGAUUGGAGAAGGACUUCAUGAAAGAUGGGGAGAUCCACAUGCACUUCCCUGCAGGGGCCAUUAGCAAGGAUGGGCCCUCGGCAGGUGUUACCAUCCUCACUGUUCUCGUCUCCCUCCUGUCCCAACGCUGUGUCCGGCCUGACGUUGCCAUGACAGGGGAGAUUACCCUUAAUGGGGUUGUCUUGCCGGUUGGUGGUAUUAAAGAAAAGGUGAUGGCUGCGCACAGGGCAGGACUUACUACGCUGGUGCUUCCUGCUGCCAAUAAGAAAGACCUCGCUGAUAUUCCAAACUCAGUCUUGAAUGAAAUCGAAGUAGUACUUGUGAACACAGUGGAAGAGGUGCUUCAGGCCGCGUUCGAUGAAGGCUUCAGUGAAAUGUUUGACAACGACAAGGAUGGAGAAUCAGUGUCUAAAUCUCCGAUGAGCAAACUUUAGGUCAUGUAUUUUGUUAUUUGCUAAGACCAAGUGCUUCUGAGUUGAGAGUUAGCUGAGGAAAAAAA